CUCCAUAGAAAUACCGUCCGAUUACAACACUGUAGAACGACACAGACUGUUGGAAAACCAAACAUUUCGUGAUAAAACAUCAAAAUUGAUUGAUAAGAUAAAAGUGUCACUCGUUUACGAACAAAUAUUGGCUCAAUGUAAUGUAAUAGUAGAGAAAACGACUGAGGAAAACGUUUACGGAUCUUUGUUUGCAAAGUUCAAGGUCGGAGAUAUAUAAUUAUUAAAACCGGUGAGUGACGUCAACGCUUCGAUCGUUGAGAUUUUUUUGAUUACACCUGUCCAUCAACAUCUACAUACGACAACGACACUAAGUCAUUCCAUGAAAUCAGACUAACAAGAAAUGAGUUUUAAGUCCCGCGGCAUUUCAAAAAUUGUUCUUUCUGUCGAACAAUCAGAAGGAAGAGGAGCACGAGUAAGACGAAGUAUUGGUCGUCCAGAGCUGAAGAAUUUCGAUCCGUUUCUAUUGUUGGACGAGUUUAAGUCUUCAUCGGAAGCAGUAUCCGGAUUUCCUGAUCAUCCACAUAGAGGUUUCGAAACUGUAACGUACGUGCUACCGACCAGCCAAGGUUCAUUUCAGCAUGAAGACUUUUGUGGUCACAAAGGGACAAUUGAACCCGGAGCUUUGCAAUGGAUGACUGCAGGAAGGGGAAUUGUUCAUUCCGAAAUGCCGUUUGGAAGUGGAGUUGGUCAUGGACUUCAACUGUGGGUUAAUUUGCAUUCCAAAGAUAAGAUGUGCGAACCAGCUUAUCAAGAAUUGAAGGCCGACGAAAUAACGACAGUCAAAAAAGAUGGAAUCACUGCCAUCGUCAUUGCUGGAAAUGCGUUCGGUGUUGAAUCAAAAGUUUACACCAGAACACCGAUCCAUUACACUCAUUUUAUGAUGGAACCGAACACGGUUCUACAACACCACAUCCCUGUUAAUUGGACAUCCUUCAUUUACGUUCUCAGUGGAAAAAUAAAAGUUGAAAAUUGUAGCACUGGCCAAUUCAUUGAAGCUCAUAACACGGUUGCUCUGAAUGAAUAUGGAGAUGGCGUUAUUGUAUACGCUGGUGAAGAAGGCUCAAGUUUUGUGUUAAUAUCCGGACAACCGAUCGGUGAAAAGGUUGUACAACACGGUCCUUUCGUAAUGAAUUCACAAACGGAAAUAACGCAAGCUUUCGAUGAUUAUCGCAAUGGGAAGAAUGGGUUUGAAAAAGCACCAGGUUGGGAAUCGGAAAUUGGAAAAGUUUUGCUGAAACCAUCUAGAAGGUAGACUAGUGACUUUGUUAUUGUUGUUAUCUUAGCGUUGACGGUAAUAAAUUUUUAAAAC